AUGUUCCCCAUUCGACUUACUUUGCUCCUGUGUUUUCUAUUUCAUCAUUUUCAUAGCAUCACAUCUCACACAGACAAAGCUUCCCUUCUCUCUUUCAAAUCCCAGGUCAUUGACCCAAAAAAUGUUCUAUCAAACUGGUCUUCAGAUUCCAAUCACUGUACCUGGUUCGGUGUCACAUGCUCCAAAGUUGGAAAUAGGGUCCAAUCUCUGACUCUACCAGGACUAGGCCUCUCUGGCAAAGUACCCUCUCAACUCUCCAACCUCACUUACCUACACUCACUUGACCUUUCAAACAACAGUUUUCAUGGCCAAAUUCCCUUCGAGUUAAGCCAUCUCUCACUUCUUAAUGUCCUUAAAAUACCUUUAAACAAUCUAAGUGGUACACUGCCACAACAAUUGGGUCAUCUCCACCGUCUUCAAAGUUUAGACUUGUCAGUCAAUAAUCUCACCGGAAAAAUCCCUCCAUCAUUUGGCAAUCUCUUCUCUCUUAAGGAUCUUGCCUUGGCAAGAAACAGUUUUGUGGGUGAGAUUCCAAGUGAACUUGGUAAUCUUCACAAUCUUUCUCAACUUCAACUCUCAGAAAACAACUUCACUGGCGAGUUUCCCACUUCUAUCUUUAACAUCUCGUCCUUAGUUUACUUAUCCGUGACAAAGAACAAUCUAUCAGGCAAGUUGCCACAAAAUUUUGGUCAUGCACUUCCAAAUUUACAGAAUCUUUCUCUGGCAAACAAUAGGUUUGAAGGAGUGAUUCCUAGUUCCAUAUCCAACGCCUCACAUCUUAAAUACAUUGACCUUGCUAAAAAUUAUUUUCACGGGUCAAUACCUCUAUUCAAAAACUUGAGAAACCUUACCCGCCUGAUUCUUGGUGAAAAUUUUUUUUCUUCUACCACCUCAUUGAAUUUCCAAUUCUUUGAUUCCCUUAGAAACUCCACCCAAUUGCAAAUUCUCAUGAUCCAUAACAACUAUCUGGCUGGGGAACUUCCAAGAUCAGUUGCCAAUCUCUCUAGCAAUCUCCAACAAUUUUGUGUUGCUAACAAUUGGCUAAAUGGUAGCAUUCCUCAAGGACUGAAGAGGCUUCAAAAUCUCAUAUCCUUGUCUUUUGAAAACAAUAAUUUCACUGGAGAGUUACCAGCAGAAAUAGGAGCACUGCGUAAGCUGCAACGGCUAUUGAUAUACAACAAUAGUUUAUCUGGUGAAAUUCCUGACAUUUUUGGCAAUUUCACAAAUUUGGAUAUACUUGCAAUGGGAAUCAACCAGUUCUCAGGUAGAAUUCCCUCAAGUAUUGGACAAUGCAAGAGAUUAACUUCUCUUUACCUGCAAAUGAAUAGGCUCGGUGGGACCCUACCGAAGGAAAUUUUUCAGCUUUCUGGGUUAAUAAGCUUGAACUUAGAAGGAAACUCUCUGCAUGGUUCGGUUCCUCAUGAAAUCAGCACCAUGACUCAGCUUCAGUUCAUGUUUAUUUCUGACAACCAGUUGUCAGGGAACAUUCCUAGGGAAAUAGAGGACUGUUCCAGCUUGAAGUUUCUUGAGAUGGCAAGAAACAAAUUCAAUGGCUCAAUCCCAACUAAUAUAGGGAAUAUACAGUCCCUUGAUACUUUGGACCUAUCAUCGAACAGUCUCACUGGCCCUAUUCCUCAAAGUUUAGAGAAGCUCAAGUAUCUGCAGACACUGAAUUUGUCUUUCAACCAUUUGGAAGGAAAGGUUCCAGGUGUUUUUGUGAACAUUACCAAGUUUGAUCUUCGAGGUAACAACCAACUAUGUAGCCUUAACAAGGAAAUUGUGCACAAGUUUGGCGUACUCCUAUGUUUUGUUGGUAGAAAGAAAAGAAAGAUUUUACCCACUAUCAUACUUGCAGUAAUUGGUGCUGUUGCUUUGUGCAUUUCAAUUCUCUUUCUAUUUUGGAUAAUGAUGUCUCAAAAGAAGAAGAGAAAAACCAGUUUGUCAUCUGCACCUCUCAGAGGGUACCCUCAGAAUAUUUCCUAUGGUGAUAUUCUGAUUGCUACGAACAACUUUGCAGCUGAAAACUUGAUUGGCAAAGGAGGCUUUGGAUCAGUGUACAAGGGUUUGUUCAGCUUCAGCACUGGUGAAACCACUACCCUCGCUGUCAAAGUCCUGGACCUGCAACAAAGCAAAGCUUCUCAGAGUUUUAAUGCUGAAUGUGAAGCCUUGAAAAAUAUUAGGCACCGAAACCUAGUGAAAGUUAUCACUUCUUGUUCCAGUGCUGAUUACAAGGGAGAGGAAUUUAAGGCCCUUGUUAUGCAAUUCAUGCCCAAUGGUAACUUGGACGUGAGUUUACACCCCAGAGAUGAUGAAUCAGGAUCUUCUCUAACCUUGUUGCAAAGAUUGAACAUUGCCAUUGAUGUGGCUUCUGCCAUAGACUACUUGCACCAUGACUGUGAACCCCCAGUAGUACAUUGUGAUCUGAAACCUGCCAAUGUCCUACUAGAUGAAAAUAUGGUUGCACAUGUAGCAGACUUUGGAUUGGCAAGGUUUCUUUCUCAAAAUCCUUCCGAGAAACAAAGUAGCACUUUGGGACUGAAGGGAUCAAUAGGUUACAUUGCCCCAGAAUAUGGUCUAGGAGGCAAGGCUUCAACCCAUGGUGAUGUAUACAGUUUUGGUAUCCUACUGUUAGAGUUGUUCAUGGCCAAAAGACCAACUGAUGAAACGUUCAAAGAAGGAUUAAGCCUUAACAAAUUUGUCUCAGCCGUGGAUGAGAAUCAAGUGCUUAAGGUUGCUGAUAGAAGGCUUAUUAAUGAUUAUGAAUAUUCCACACAAAAUUCGAGCAUUGAUUGUCACAGCGGUGACUUUGGUGGCAACCAUUUUAAUAAUGGAAACAUGAAUUGGAUGCGCAAAGCUGAGGAGUGCAUAGUUGCUGUGAUAAGGGUGGGCUUGUGUUGCACAGCACAACGGCCCAAAGAUCGAUGGAGCAUGAGAGAGGCCUCAACAAAAUUGCAGGGAAUUAGGCGGUCUAUGCUGGGCUUUUGA